AUGCACCGCUGUAUGAACCUGUUGAGUCUCUAUUACCACAGAAGAUUAAACAUUAAGCUUGGUGUCCCUCAAUGGGCGGAGUCUCUCUGGGGUCAGAAUAAAUGUUUGAACGCACUCGCACUGUUACAUUUGUCAGUAUGGUUGACUGCUGACCUGAUGGGAAAGAGACACAGCAUGAGAUCAAGUACAGGUUUGGUGGAGAUCAUAGGGUUGACAGAGAAAUUUACAUUUAAUCCGAAAGAGGGAAUAGACAACCCAGUGAUGGUCAUCACAGACGACUCAGACUUUGAGUCAACACCCAGCCCACGUCUGUGUGUCCUCAAACGGGAGGAAGGGCAGUCCUAUGGCUUUCAUCUGCGGGUGGAGAAGGGGUGCCAGGGUCACAUAAUCAGAAAUAUAGUGGCAGGUGGAGUGGCAGAGCGUAGUGGCCUUCGAGAUGGAGACAGGCUUCUGGAGGUCAACAACUGCUAUGUUGAUGAUCUUCCUCAUCCUGAGGUGGCUCGGAAGAUAAAGCUCAGUGGACUCCAGUUAUGUUUGUUAGUGUUGGAUGGGAAGGAAUAUGAGCAGACUAUGUCCCGAGGUCAGGACCCUCGAGGUCUGUCCAGAAUGCACAAGGGCAAGGGCUGCAAACCACCCAGACUCUGCCACAUCCCCAGGCAUCCUGUCUCAGGUCUGGGCAUCAACUUCACACCUGUGGAAGGAGAGAAAGGUCACUUCUCUGUGAACCUGGUUGCUGGAGGAGCGGCUGAAAAGGCGGGGGUGCAGAAGGGAGAUCGGCUGGUGUGGAUGAACGGAGCAACAGUGUCCGAUCUCUCACACUCUGCACUCAGCAGGAUGAUGAAAAAAUGUGGCGAUCACAUCACCAUCCUCGUGAUUGACACCGAGAGUGAGAAGAAAUACAAGCAAGAGAGGAUGCCCAUCCUGCCCACCAUUGCUGUUCCACAUAACCUGCCCUACAGACCCAGAAAACAGCACCUGGUCUGUGGUUCUGAGGGCUACGGCGUCCUCCUUCAGCUGGAGAAGGUGCCAUCAGGACGCAAAUAUCACGUUCUGCGUGAGAUGGAACCUGGCAGUCCAGCAGAGAGGGCAGGCAUCCAAGAUGGAGAGGUUCUGCUGGAGGUCAAUGGAGAGUCAGUGGAGUCACUGAAGCAUCAGGAGAUUGUGGACAGAGUGAGACUGAGUGGACAACAGAUCUCACUCACCACCAUCACUCCCCAGGGGAUGGAGUUUUACACCAAGUUGGGUCUAUCACCUCUUCUCUUCUGUGAGGACAAUGCUGAUGAGAGAGAAAAGUACACGGAUAGCUCAUGCAAACCCAGGCGCUGUUCUCUCCAAAAAGGCCCUCUGGGGUUUGGCUUUCAUCUGGGCUGUGCCCCACAUCGUCCAGGGACCUUCAUCAGCCAGGUGGCUUCUGGGGGCUCUGGGCAGAAUGCAGGAUUACUUGUGGGUGAUGUGGUGAUUGAAGUCAAUGGACAAAAUGUGGAGGAGAAAUAUCUGGAAGAUGUAAUCAUGCUCAUGAAGGAAGGAGGACAUUUUCUUUCCUUACUGGUCAUGGAUAAGGCUGGCUACAACAAGUUGAAGUAGAGUGACACACGUGACAUCAGUGACAGUGAGCAGGAGGAAGAAAAUGAUGAGCUAGCAUCUUUGUGGGUGACAACGAUACCACUACCUGCUGAGGAGACUUCAAACUGAGCUGAAGAAGAAAAAUCUUCUUAGAUUGCCUUAAUCUAAUUGCAGGAUUUCACAAAGGAAUCCAAAUGAUGAAACAGAAAAACAUAAGCUAAUGAAACUGCAAAAGUGUCAAUUUCAUAAACCAAAAAGAAAUUUUGUAACUUGUAUGAUAUGAAAAUAUUUUUUGGUUCAGUGUUAUACAUCUCGAGACUUAGAGAAUCUAAUCUCAGACAGCAAUUGCAACAUGAUCUUAUAUAUAAUAUGAACAAUAAAAUACUCCACAUCUUGAAGGACCAUAAUCUUUAUAAACUGCAUUUCUUAUAGAGAUGGAUGGAAGCUGUGUGGAAGCAGAAACUAAAAAAAAAAACAUUUUUAAUAAAAAUAACAAAUGUUCUGCAUCAAUGUAAAGUACUGGGGUUAAAUGGGAAGAAAAGCACUGCUAUAGCGCUUUAAUGCUAUAUAAAAAUUGCAUAUUGUAUUGCUUUAGGUGGGAGUGUGUUAUGUGUAUGUGUUUAAUGUAUUACGUAUACAACAUUAUAGAUAAAUGGUUUGUACUCACAGUUAGAGUGUAAUUUGUGUAAUUUGGAGCUGACAAAUACUGUUGUGAUGGAAAACACAUUCUUUGUUCUAUUGUGAAACAUUUUUAAAUGUAAUGUUUCCAGAUAUUUACCAACCAUUU